AUGGCUUCAAUUGAUUUUGUUGCAAUCCCAGCUGCCGCUAACUAUGUCACAUUCGAUGAUUUACGCUUAGGUCGCUCUUCUCAGGAAAUUGUUGGCCGCCUUCUCCGUUUCUGGGAUGCGAAGAAUAUCAAAAAAGAUGGGGAGUUCAUGGGCAUCGUCCUCCUCCUGUUGGAUGAGAAGAACUCAGUCAUACAUGGAUUCAUACCAGCUGUCCGUGCAAGCCAAUACCGUCAGCAGUUACGAGAAGGCCUCAUCGUCAAACUCACCGACUUCGAAGUGGGCCGAUGCACAAACCUUUACAAAAUCACAGACCACCCUUUUGUGAUCCGUUUUCUACCUGGGACCACAAUUUCCGACGUCUCAGAUGUUGGGCGGUCAAUUGCAAAAGAAAAAUUCAUGCUACGGAAGCUAGACCACCUCCAAGCUUUGGCAAACACCAAUCUUGAACUUCCUGAUGUUGUUGGCCAAAUCCGUUUUGUUCAAGGCUCCAACCUAAGAGACGCUUCUUCCACGCAACGUCUGGUCGUCCGAUUCCAAAUUGAUUCAUCUGUUACUGUAUCUCUUUCACUCUGGGAUGACAACAUUGAAAUUGACGAUGCCUUGAUGCUUCCAGAAACAAAUAAUCCACUAGAGGUGCUAUGUCAAUCAGUCUUUCCAUAUUUUGGAAAAGCAUACCAAGAUUUGACCAAGCUUCGAGAAUCUGCUAUUUUAACACCACGGAAUGAAACGGUCGAUGAAAUCAACGCUUAUCUACUAUCUAAAGUACCAGGACCACAGAAAGAGUACUUAAGCGGUGACAGUGUUGGACAAGAUGAAGCAUAUGCAGGAGGAUUUGAGAUGACUUAUCCUUUGGAAUAUUUGAAUGCAUUAGAGUUCCCAGGUUUACCAUCACAUCGGCUGUGCCUAAAAGUUGGUGUUCCAAUCAGGCUUCUAAGAAAUCUAAACCCAAAAGAAGGGUUAUGCAAUGGAACAAGGCUUAUUGUCACUCGACUGGGAGAGAAAGUAAUCGAAGCAGAGAUACUUUCAGACCAAGCAGAAAGAAAAAAAGUGUUGAUCCCUAGAAUUAUUCUAUCCCCUAGAGAUUCUGAGCAUCCAUUCACUCUAAAACGGCGGCAGUUUCCAGUUCGAAUUUGCUAUGCAAUGACUAUUAAUAAAAGUCAAAGACAAACCUUGAACACAGUGGCAUUAUAUUUGCCUAACCCCGUAUUCACCCAUGGGCAAUUAUAUGUCGCCUUAUCAAGAGUCACUUCACCAAAGGGUCUUACAAUCCUAGACACAACAAAAAACAACAGAUGGAGAAGAUAUGUCACAAACAUUGUCUACAAAGAAGCAUUCAGAGAUCUGCCAACAAGUUCAGGUACGUAUUCUGUUAAAAGCAAUUUAGUGACCAAAUAA